AUGCUGGGGGUGAUCCUGCUGGGCGCGGUCGCCGGCCAGGACGACGGCUCCUCCCUGUACAUUGACGAGGGGGACGCCUGUCGCGCCAAGUGCACGCUGUUCCUGGCCUACGUGAUAGCUUUCGGCAGCAUCUUCCUUGGGACCACGCUGCUGCUGCUGGACAAGCAAAAGGGCGAGGACCUGUGGGCGGCGGCGAGCGCCACUAUAUCUGCCACGGUGCUGUCAGCCAGCGGCCUGCUGCUGUGGCUGUCUAGAGGCGCAGAGGACAGCGGUUACUCAUUGCUGGGGUAA